CUUCACCAGAGAAUUGAGACACGGUACAAUGCGGCUUUCUCUCCCUUUCCUCACUUCCUCUGCCAUCCUAUCCGGCGUUGCAAGCGCUGGUUGGCGGGAGGAGUGCAACUUCGGCGGCAACGCCCAGUUCAACAUCAUCCACGCUAGGCCCUACCUCAGCACUCUAUGUCCUUCUUCUUCAGGCCGCCAGAUCUGCACCAUGCUCGACCUCAGCUACUGCAUCAUGAACUCACUCGGCCAUCUGACCGCUACGAUCAAUGGACACUUUGAGCGAAGCUGCGAGAAUUGCCACCUCACCGGCCGCAAUAACACGGUUCUUUCUUGCAGUUGCCGCAUGUUCGGCAAGAACGCACCGUUUCAGAACGCCGAGAUCGACCUAGAGGACAUCAUUGAGAACAGAGAUGGCCGACUAGCUUGCUGGGAUAGCAAGCCUCAUACAUGCCCAGGUUUCAUCUGAGCUUCGCUCUAUCAUGUUGAGGGUUCGAGAGUUGGAAUUGCAGAUUUAAACAAUUGAAAUGAUACAAGGUUGCAGGCUCUAGAAGAGUAGUGCUUGUUAUCUCGCUCGCAUAGUCAAUGAGGCCGAACACCGAAAAAGGCGACUUUGCAAUCAGAAAUAUGCUGGUUCUAGACCAUGCCGAAUUAAUAUUCAUCCACAAUACACGUAAACUUUUACACUGCGCGCAUGGUGUUCCCGAUACACACUUUGCAGUAUGAGGUCAUACUGAA